GAGAAGUAUGAAAUGAUGAUCUUGGCUCCAGUAUCUGAUCUAUAUUUCUGAGACGAUAAUAUAUAUCUUUCUCUUCCCUUCCCACUUCUUGUGUUGAUAUGGUACACCAUGUUUGCUUAUUAAGAGAAGAUACCUAAGAAAAGGAGGUCUCCAUUUCUUCUUCAUCUUUCUCUCUCCAUCAACCACCCCUGGAAUUGGGAUUACAGAACCAGCAUCAAGAGAAGCAUAUAUAGAGGAGAAGAGAGAUCGAGAAAUUACAUGGCUUCAUCAAGAGGGUUUUGUUACUCAGAUGUUUCAUCAAGCAAUCCAGAAAUUCACAGCCAUCUAGUGGAUCAGAUCCAAGGAUUUGAAUCGAACCCAGAUAUGUUUCACUUGACAACAGGGAUGGAGAUGAUUGGGUUUAGUAAGAAUCUGCAUCAACAAAGUGACAGUAACUCUGUUAUGUGGAAAGGCUUCUUUGGCAAAACUGGCAACAACCCAUCACCACCACCAGAAGCAGCUGCAGGUCCUUCAUCUUCAAAGACUAUCAAUGAUUCCAUCACUGAUUUCUAUCAACAGCAUCAUGAGUUCAAUAAACCUGAUUUAUUCCCAACUGGGAUUUUAGAGACAAGUAGUGAUCAUCAGAAUCUGUUAGUUGCUGGAACUCAGCAUCAUCAUCAUCAAUCAACUCAUCAUCCAUGGCAAGACAGUAGAUUGAUUGCUGAUGAUUCUUCUUUGAGGUGUGUGUUUCCUUGUGAAGGGAAUGAAAGACCAAGUCAAGGUCUGUCACUCUCUCUAUCUUCAACCAAUCCUUCCAGAUUAGGCUUACAGUCUUUUGAACUCAGACAGCAAAGUACUAAUCAGCAUCAUGAUCAGCAAGAACAGAUGAUGCAGUUCCAUCUAAGGAACUCAAAGUACUUGGGUCCUGCUCAGGAACUUCUGAUUGAAUUUUGUAGUGUUGGAACAAAACAAACUGAUGUCUUCAAGCAAAAGCCUCACAAGCCAAAACAGUAUGAAGAUGAGGAUGCUAGUAGUUCUUCCAGAAAACAAUCUCUUCAUUCCCUUGAUUUCAUGGAGUUGCAAAAGAGGAAGACAAAGUUGUUUUCAAUGCUUGAAGAGGUAGACAGAAGAUACAGGCACUACUGUAACCAAAUGAAGGCAGUGGUGUCAUUCUUUGAAGCUGUGGCAGGUCAUGGAGCAGCAAGUGGUUAUUCAAGCCUAGCUGCAAAGGCAAUGUCAAGGCACUUUAGGUGUUUGAGAGAUGGAAUCAUCAGUCAGAUUCAGGCCACAAAGAAGGCCAUGGGAGAGAGAGAUCCUGUGGUGCCGGGCACAACUAGAGGCGAAACGCCGGGGCUUAGAAUCCUUGAUCAAUCUUUGAGACAACAGAGGGCCUUUCAACUUAUGAAUACGAUGGAGACUCAUCCAUGGAGACCACAAAAAGGUUUACCGGAGAGAUCUGUUUCUGUUCUUCGUGCUUGGUUGUUCGAGCAUUUCCUCCAUCCGUACCCUUGUGAUGUCGAUAAACACAUCUUAGCUCGCCAAACUGGUCUCUCAAGAAGCCAGGUAUCUAAUUGGUUUAUUAAUGCAAGAGUGAGGCUGUGGAAACCAAUGGUGGAAGAAAUGUACUUGGAAGAAAUCAAAGAGCAAAAAAACAACAACAUGGAUUCUCCAGAUGGGGUCACUGAUCAUAAUAUUCUUGACGACAAUAUUGGCCGGCCUAAUCCGAAUCCAAAUCCAAAUCCAUCCACGGAUCGAAAACUGAUACCGGACCAGCUCCUCCGAAUAGACCCAGAUCAUAGCCUCUCCUCCAUAAUCAAUCACCGUGACCCAAAAGUUCACCACCACCGCACUAAUUUUGGGUCUUCUUUUGGUGCUGCUGCCAUGGAAUUGGACUUCUCAUCAUACAACCACCACCACAACCCUCCAGGGGUCUCCAGUGCUAAUCAGAAUUUCAACGGUGGCGUGUCGCUGACGUUAGGGUUGCAACAACAAGGUGGGAGUGGUGGUGGUGGUGGUGGUGGUGGUGGUGAAGUAAGCUUAGCGUUUCCACCGGCUUCGCAAAGUUCACUCUUCUACUCAAGAGAGCACAAUGACGAUUGUCAACAGGUUCAGUACUCUCUUUUAGAUGGUGAAGGACAGAAUUUGCCUUAUAGAAACUUGAUGGGGGCACAGCUGCUUCAUGAUUUAACAGGUUAAUUAGGAUUGCAUAUAUAAAUACUACCUAAAUUUAGGCACAUAGUGAGAGAGAGGGUUAUUGAUAC